AAAACCCUUCCUUUAGAUUGAUAUUGGAUGGCCUUUGCCCUGACACGAAAGAGUGCCUUGCUGUCUGCUAGAAUCUAAUCAGAGGUCAAAGUCUCUCUCUGGCUGACAGAGUCACUGGGAUCAGAGAGUGUUUUUGUCCCUCACUCUCCCCAUUCUUCAAACCUUGUUAACAGCACCUCACUUUGAGGAGAUCUAGAUCUUCUUGGACUGUCGCCAGUUCAACACCAUGCUGCUUCGGACUGUGGCCCUGCUCCUUCUCUGUGUGUCUUUGGCGAUGUGUGCCACUUUAGGCCACUAUCAGACCGAAGCACAGGAGGAGGAGGCCCCUGCUGUGGACUCUGCUGCUACUGCUGAUCCCGUUGUUCCAGCUGAUUCUGUUGAAGCAGCUAAGGAAAGUGUAGCUGCUGCAGAAGUAGGUGAUCCACCUGCAGCUGAGGACCCUGCUGCUAAUUCUCUUUUUGGUGGCAGUCUGCUGUCUAAAAUACUUUCAGUGGAUAACGAUGCAGGUGGCAAACCUGAAGUGGACGUUCCUGUGGCAGAUGGUGCAACAGGCAAAGAUCCGGGGACAGACAGUGAUGGAGAUGCCCCUGCGAUGGAAGCUCUUACUGAAGGAGCUGUCACCCAAGAGCAACCUUCAUUUGAGAAGGAGACAAAUGAGAUCAGACCAGUCCAGAAAAAUGAGUCUCUAAGCAAACCCUUGGCACAAGAUGAGGACAACAGUUGGAGCGUCAGUUCGAUUAGAAAUAGUUUCCAGAGGGCACAUGGAUACUUUGACUCCCUGGUGGAGCUGGUGGGAGGACGUGAUGGUAUAUGUGAGUACCGCUGCAGACAUGGAGUUCUUCCUCAACCUCGUCCUAGCUACCAGCUCCCAGAUCCCAACGGCUGCAGCUCCUCCCUGAUAGGAUUCCAGGUGAAUGCUGCUCUUGACCUGGGCAUCCCCGCUAUGACAAAGUGCUGCAAUCAGCUGGAUACGUGUUAUGACACUUGUGGCACAAACAAGUACGACUGCGACUCCAUGUUUCGCACUUGUCUGCACGGCAUCUGCUCUGACCUUAAGAAGAGCUUGGGCUUUGUGUCAAAAGUACAAGCCUGUGAAUCGAUGGCAGAUGCUCUCUACAACACAGUGUGGACUCUUGGUUGCAGACCUUACAUGAACAGCCAGAGGGCAGCGUGUGUCUGCGAGGGAGAGGAGAGGGAUGAACUGUGACACAGAACUCUAUGGACAACUCCUGAACACUUUCAGAGACAAAAGUCGUGGACAUUUCCACAUAUUUAAUAGUGGCGCUUUAUCACAAGCGCCCGAUCAAAACUCAGAGCCAAGGAAUUAAAAAAGACAUAAAUAGGGAACAAUUUCUUAUGAUUUAUUCAUAGGCAAUGCUAACAAAUGUUACUUGUCAGAAUAUGACUUUCAGAUUCCUAAUGAAUUGCUCAUGCAUAUUACACUCUCCAUACUCCUCGUUUUAGGUCCACUUUAGGCCUCUAUGACUCCAUUACCAUAAAUUACUUGAUGACUCCAAACAAAGUGCCUGCUGAUAAGACGGGAAGGAUAUUGUAGUCGGAUUAAUUUCCUCCAGAUACAAGACACAAGAUAAUUACCGUGGAGCACAUAGCCUGUUGUUUGCUGCUAUCUUAAAUUUGUCAAGCUAUUCUGCUAAAACCUUAAGUCAGUGUCAUGUAAAUGUGAUGCCUAUUACAGCAACUGUGAUGUAAGUUAUUUGCCAGUUAUUUGUUAUUUUUUAUGAAUAAAUGCAUGACUAAUUGCUGUUUAA